GCAUAUCAUUUUGGGACAACUCUCAAACAUGAAAGCUCUCAAAAUCUUCACAGUCAUUGCCUUGUUCAUGGCCUUGGCCAACACCAAUCUCUCCGCCACACCAUCUCAAGACGAGGAAGACCGUAGCCAGGUCGAACCACCUUUCGUAAGGAUUACGAGCCGGUUUCUUGCUCAAAAACCUCGAGGAGCAAGGACGUGUAACAAAUACCCCAGAGUGUGUCGUGUCGCCGGCAGCCCGGGGCCUGAUUGCUGCAAGAAAAAAUGUGUGAACGUAACAGUGGACAGGGUCAACUGUGGUAAGUGUGGUAGGAAGUGCAAGCACUCGGAGAUUUGCUGCAAAGGGAAGUGUGUGAAUCCAAUGUCCAACAAAUGGCACUGUGGUGGUUGCAACAAUGGCUGCGACAAAGGAAGUAAAUGUUUGUACGGGAUGUGCAGCUAUGCAUAAUAAACCCUGGCAGACCUCUCUCGCUCUUUCUGAGACAUUUCAUUAAAUAUUCAAAUGAUUAGCAGCCAGCAUAAAUUUAUGUCAUAAUAAAUAAAGGAGACUCAUCAGAACUUGGUGUGUGCUUCGCUAGAUGUAGUUGAU